AAAUCAGUUUCCUUCUGAUAACAACUCUUGCCUAAACCAUCCUAUAUACUUUGACAAUUGCACCUUUUCUCUGCCUCAUUAUAUACAUAUUACAGGUUUUUACUUACUACCUUAACAAUGCCUGAGGCACCAAAGACUUUUAGUGUUACAGAAGAAAACAAGAAAACUCUUCAUUUCAUUGAAGAGGUGACAACCAAAGCUGAUGAAGUCCAAAAGAGAGUACUUUCUGAAAUUCUCUCUCGAAAUGCCAACGUUGAGUACUUGCAGCGCCAUGGUCUUAAAAAUGGCUAUUGUACCGACAGAGACACCUUCAAGAAAGUCAUGCCUGUUAUUACCUAUGAAGAUAUUCAGCCUGAAAUCAACCGUAUUGCUAAUGGCGAUACAUCUCCCAUCUUCUGCUCCCAACCCGUCUCCGAGUUCUUGACAAGUUCUGGCACAUCAGGAGGGGAAAGAAAAUUGAUGCCAACGACAGAGGAAGAGCUAGGGAGAAGAUCACUUCUCUAUAGCCUUUUAAUGCCUGUGAUGAGCCAAUUUGUUCCAGAUUUGGAGAAAGGAAAAGGAAUGUACUUUCUGUUCAUAAAAUCUGAAGCUAAAACCCCAGGUGGACUAUUAGCUCGCCCUGUUUUAACAAGUUAUUACAAAAGCCCUCAUUUCAAGAACAGACGACCCGACCCUUAUACAAACUACACUAGCCCGAACGAAACAAUUCUCUGCCCUGAUUCUUACCAGAGCAUGUAUUCCCAAAUGCUUUGCGGACUCUGCCAAAAUGCAGAAGUCCUAAGGGUUGGCGCGGUUUUCGCCUCUGGCUUCAUCCGCGCCAUCCGCUUCCUCGAGAAACACUGGCCUCUUCUUUGUGACGAUAUUCGAUCUGGUACCAUAAACGCCGAAUUGAUUACUGAUCCUUCAGUGAGGGAAGUUGUGAUGAAAAUUCUUAAACCUGAUCCGGACUUGGCUGAUUUUAUUGAGGCGGAAUGUAGCAAGAAAUCAUGGCAAGCGAUUAUUACUAGGCUGUGGCCUAAUACAAAGUACGUUGAUGUUAUUGUGACUGGAACAAUGUCACAGUAUAUACCAAUUCUUGAUUAUUAUAGCAAUGGUCUCCCUCUUGUGUGUACCAUGUAUGCUUCCUCUGAAUGCUACUUUGGUGUCAACCUUAACCCCCUUUGCAAGCCUGCAGAUGUCUCGUACACACUUAUUCCGACCAUGUGCUACUUCGAGUUCUUGCCAAUUCAUAGAAACAAUGGUGUCAUGGAUUCUAUCUCCGCGCCAAAAUCGCUCAAUGAGAAAGAACAGCAAAAGUUAGUUGAUUUAGUUGAUGUCAAGAUUGGCCAGGAGUACGAGCUUGUUGUCACCACAUAUGCUGGACUCUAUCGGUACAGGGUUGGUGAUGUGCUUAGAGUUGCUGGCUUCAAAAACAACGCGCCUCAAUUCAACUUCAUUUGCAGGAAAAAUGUAGUCUUGAGCAUUGAUUCAGACAAGACUGAUGAAGUUGAGCUGCAAAACGCCAUGAAAAAUGCAGUGAGCCACUUGAUGCCAUUCGAUGCACACGUGACCGAGUACACCAGCUACGCGGACACAACCACCACAAUUCCAGGCCACUACGUCUUAUUCUGGGAAAUUAACGUGAAUGGCUCAACCCCAGUUCCUCCAUCGGUCUUUGAAGACUGUUGCCUCACAGUUGAAGAGUCGUUAAACAGCGUCUACCGCCAAGGCCGUGUGUCGGACAAAUCCAUAGGCCCUCUUGAAAUCAGGAUUGUGGAAGUUGGGACAUUUGAUAAGCUAAUGGACUAUGCUAUAAGCUUAGGUGCUUCAAUAAACCAGUACAAGACACCACGGUGUGUGAAAUUUGCACCUAUUAUUGAACUUUUGAAUUCAAAAGUCAUGUCCAAUUGCUUCAGCCCAAAGUGUCCAAAAUGGAUUCCAGGCCACAAGCAAUGGAACAACAUGAACUGAUUAAUCCCAUGUCCUACAAAGAACAAGUGAACAAUUGGGAUUCAAUUUAGUAUUAGUGAUUAUUAAGAACAUCCUACAUAGGCUAAUUAACCCUGUUCCCUUCCUCAAAACCACCACAAAUUUUGUGGGUGUUAUUACUUUUCCUUAAUUAAAAAUCUGUUCUUACGAGUUUCUUAGGAGCCACACUUUAUCCAUGAGAAUUGUUUACUUUUUUCGGAAUAAUUUUUUACUUUAUUUCAA